ACAACGAAAAUCAAAUGAUGCUCUUUUUGGUUAACCGUCAACUGUACACAUGAAUUGUGUCAUGUCUUAUCGCAUCAUAAGAUAAUUUAGUCGAGAAGACUGAUCUAGUCACGCUUACAUCAGAUCAUCAUCGAAAGUCAAAAUGAAGGGUUGUCUAGCUCUUCUUUGUCUCCUUCCAAUCUGUCUAUCGGCUCCACUAUCUGAUGGGACUUUUGACCCGAACGCUCUAAACAAGGAUUUUGGUACUGGUGGUUUCGCCGGCAGUGGUGGAUUUGGAACUGGCACAGGUGGUAGUUUUAAUCCAAACGCUUUGAACCAAAACUUCGGAGGAGGUGGAUUCGGCUCCAUGUCAACAUUUGCCGCAUCGACUGUUGCUCCUUCUGGGACAACUGAAACAUUUGAUCCUAAUAAAGUAAACAACUUCGGUAGCGGAACUGGAUUUGGAGGAAGUGGUUUCGGUACAGGAAGUGGAAGUGGAACUGGAGGUUUUGGUUCCGGAACUGGUUUCGGUAGUGGUGGAAGUGGAACUGGUACCUUUGACCCGAAUAAACUUAAUGGUGGUACUGGAAGUGGUACCUUUGAUCCAAAUAAGCUCAAUAGUUUUGGAAAAUAA